AUGAAUUAAAAUUAAGCAUAACAUAUUUGGAAAAUGCUUGAUGAUAUGGCUAACUCUGAUCCUCAAGCCUAUAAAUAAUUUGUUCAAAAAAACAUUCAAGCUGGUAUUCAAGAAAUAUAAAAUGAAAAACUAACUCAAAUUCAAGAAUAAUCUAUUCAACCACUAUUUGCUUAUUCUAUGAAAAUUUGGGGCAAUCUUUAAAAACUACCCAUCAAUGAAUUAGAAAGCAAAUUAUUAUUAAAACAAAAUGAACUCAAAUAAGAAAAUUUCCUAUUUGAUAAAUUAGAUAAAAGAUCUAAAUUUUAUAUCAAUCUCUUACAUCAUUAAAGAGUCUUAGGAGCUUUCGAUAAAAAUGAUAAUCCAACAGAUAAUCCAUCAUAAUAUAAUUUAAUACCUCUAUCUAUAUCAGAUGUUCAAAUUGGAAAAUCAACAUCAUUCAAUAACAAAGUAUAUUUUUAUGACAUUGUUAUCAAUUCAGAUGUUUUCAAAAAAGUAUUAUCAUACUCAUUCAUUUUAUUAGAUUAAUCGUCAAAUACUAUAAUCAAUUAUUAUUGAUACAUUAUAGAAACGAAUCGAAUUAGACAAAAACCCUAAUAAAUUUAUUUACUUUAAAUCAUUUUACAAAUUUGAAAUUCCCUCCCUUAAAAUCAUUAAUAAAUAAUAUAAAUAUUGUGGACCCAAAAAACCUAUUAAAAUACUCUUAGAACCAUAAGCUGAUAAAGAAGGAAAAAGAACUCCGGAAAUAUAAAAUCCAAUAGAAAAUCUUUAAUAAAAUCUUAGCUUUACUAGAUAAAAUGAAACUUUGGAUAAUUUAAUAUUAAAUCCUCAAAAUUAAACACAAAAAACAUCAUAGAAUAAAGUUUUGAUUGAAGAAAUCAAUUCUAAAGAUGAAAUUGAAAAAUAUUAAGUUGUCCAUGAAAAAGAUAAGAUAAUUAUCACUAUAAAUGUGAAUGUUGAAAACUUCUAAGAUAUUGAUCUUAAUAUUUCAAGUCAGGGAUUAAAAUUAACUACUGUAAUGAAUGAAAAUAUAGAAUUAAAUUUUGGAUGUAAAGUAGAUGAUGAACAUCCAUCAGCUAAAUGGAAUAAAAGAUAGAAAUAAUUGAAAAUAGUUGUAAAUAAAAUUUUAUGA